AUGGCGGAGUUGGACGUAGGGCAGCACUGUCAGGUGGAGCAUUGCCGGCAGCGAGAUUUUCUUCCAUUUGUAUGUGAUGGUUGUUCAGGAGUAUUUUGCCUUGAACACAGAACCAGGGAGUCACACAGCUGUCCUGAGGUGACUGUAAUCAAUGAGAGCCUGAAGUCAGAUAAGCCUACCUCUUACCCAUGCUCAUUCAAGGACUGUGCUGAAAGAGAGCUUGUGCCAGUUAAAUGUCCUUAUUGUGAGAAGAAUUUUUGCCUGAGGCACCGUCAUCAGUCGGAUCAUGAAUGUGAAAAACUGGAAAUUCCUAAGCCUCGUAUGGCUGCCACUCAGAAACUUGUUAAAGACAUUAUUGAUUCUAAGACCAGAGAGACAGCAAGUAAACGACGUAAAGGUGCAAAAAAUAGUGAAACAGCUGCAAAGGUAGCAUUGAUGAAAUUAAAAAUGCAUGCUGAUGGAGAUAAGUCAUUGCCACAGGUUGAAAGAGUUUACUUUCAGGUUUUCUUACCUAAGGGGAGCAAAGAGAAGAGCAAACCAAUGUUCUUUUGCCACCAGUGGAGCAUUGGAAAGGUCAUAGACUUUGCAGCUUCUUUAACCAGUCUUAAAAAUGAUAAUAACAAAUUAACAGCUAAGAAAUUAAGGUUAUGUCACAUUACUUCAGGAGAAGCCUUACCCUUGGAUCAUACUUUGGAAACCUGGAUUGCUAAGGAGGAUUGUCCUUUAUAUAAUGGUGGAAAUAUUAUCUUGGAAUAUCUUAAUGAUGAAGAACAAUUUCUAAAAAAUGUUGAUUCUUAUUUGGAAUAGUCUUGUAAGGAUUCAAGCCAGAAAUGAUGAGGAAAAUUUUAUGUAAAGUCAAUUUCUUUUACUACAAAUA